AUGACUGAAACUGCAGUUUGCGUUGGAACAUUCACUGCUGUGAAGACACUUUGGGAAGUGAGAAUACACAAGAUAAAUGAAGAAUUACAGAAAGAAAAGGAAUUCAGACAGAGGCUACUACUUGUCUGGGAGGAGAAAGCAGCUUUAGCAAAGCUCAAAGAAAAAGUUAUUAAUGAAGAUGGAAGAGCAAUUUUAAGGAUAGAGGAAGAAGAAUGGAAGACACUACCUUCGUGCUUACUGAAACUAGUGCAUCUCCAGGAAUGGCAGCUUCAUAGAACUGGUUUGCAGAAAAUUCCUCAGUUCAUUGGAAGAUUUCACAAUCUUGUUGUUCUGGAUCUAUCCCGGAACUCAAUUGAAAGUGUACCUAAAGAAAUUGGCCAGCUGACUAGCCUCCAAGAGCUGCUUCUCAGUUACAAUCGAAUAAAGUCUGUUCCUAAGGAAAUAAGUAACUGCAUCAGUCUGGAAAGAUUGGAACUGGCUGUGAACAGGAAUAUCUGUGAUCUUCCUCCUCAGCUUGCUGAUUUAAAGAAGCUUUCACACAUAGAUUUGUGCAUGAAUCAGUUUACUACCUUCCCUUCAGCUCUUCUCAACAUGCCAAAUCUAGAAUGGUUAGAUAUGGGGGGAAAUAAACUCCAAGAGCUUCCUGGUGCAAUUGACAGAAUGGAAAAUCUCCACACUUUAUGGCUACAAAGGAAUGAGAUAAACUCUUUGCCAGAAACUAUUGGUAAUAUGAAAAAUCUUAGUACUCUUGUUCUUAGCAACAACAAACUCAAAGAUAUUCCAGCUUGUAUGAAGGACAUGACAAAUCUGAGAUUUGUCAACUUCAGAGACAACCCACUGGAGUUAGAGGUAACACUCCCUCCAUGUGAGAAUACAGAAGAGGAGGAGCAACAGGAAAUGUUCGGCAUUGAAUUCAUGCACAUGUAUAUCCAGGAGUCACUCAAGAAAACAGGAAAUCUGGAAAGUUGUACUUCUGAUCCUUCUCCUAUCAUAAACGCUAACGAAUCAAGAAUGUAACUAGGCCUUGGUUGUAGUUUCUCGCAUGCCACAAGUGGCCCAGCUACUCAUUCUCUGAAAAUAAUUAAACUCUACUGGUCCAAGUCCUACUGAUCUAAAGAACUCUCUGCCUACAUAAUGUGUCCAGUCACACUUGUGAUGGCAACACAGUGCAAUAAC